ACAGAAAUUUUCCAAAAUUUUCAUUAAGUGAUUUCAGAUUUCACAAACGUAUUUUAUUUACUACGCUUAAAGAAAAUACCAAAAAUGGACACCAAUGUCAUUAUUCGUGCGCUGAUUAACGAUAUGAUAGCGUUGCCUCAGCGUAAUAAUAUAAACAUCAAUUUAGAACACAUUACAAUGUUGGAAGCGGGAAAUACUACAAGAAAUAGUUCAAACGUUCGUCGGGGACAAACAGCUAGGAAGUCUGUCGUGAUUCCACGACGUCAACAUCGCGCUCUGGGCUUGCACACAUUACCAAGAACUGCGGUUUCAUACCACGUCGCAACGACAAUACAUCGUGUUUGGAAGCGUUACGUGCGUGAAGCGCUGGGUAUAGAACCAGGCGAUGUUCUACCCACGGUAUAUGAGAGAGGUCACGAUCCCAUUUGCCAAGCGUUGAUGAAACUUGAUCUGCAUGGUGCUAAAAUAAAAGUACAAGAAUCGAAAUGCGAAACCUUGGUGGGAUUGAUUGGUGUUGUGGUGUUGGAAACGAAAAAUAUAUUCAAAAUAGUAAGCACAGAUGAUCGUUUAAGAUCAAUACCGAAGCAAGACAGCGUUUUUUGCAUUACCAUUGGAAACAUAGAAGUUGUCGCUUAUGGUAAACAACUAUUGACACGUAGCGCAGAGCGCAGCGUCAAAAAGAUAAAGGCCAUCCUUGAUCUUUCUAGUGUCGACUAAGAAGCGUUUUUACUAAAAGUUAUUAAACAAUUGUCGAAAGGCGGUCAAAUAAACUGAUAGUACAAAAUACAAAAAAA